CUUCACCAAGAGACUUUCAACGUCUCUCUUCCCCUUAAUUACUUAUACCAUAAUAUAAUCUCUUUUUAUUUUCUUAAUCUCUUGGAUUCUGCUUAAAUAUUUGAAGCUUUUUGUUCAACUUCUUGCUCUCAGAUCUCUCAAGCUCCACAGAAAAUGAUGAAGAAAGUAGUGUUGAAAUUGGAAGUAUACAACGAGAAGUCUAAGAAGAAAGCCAUGAAGGCCGUGUCGGGGCUUGAAGGGCUUGAUUCAAUUUCCAUGGAUAUGAAGGACAAGAAGUUGACGGUCACAGGGGACAUAGAUCCGGUGGAGUUGGUGGCAAGAUUAAGGAAGCUUUACCAUACUGAGAUAGUCUCAGUCGGACCGGCAAAGGAGGAGAAGAAGAAGGAGGAGCCAAAGAAGGAGCAGCCAAAGAAGGAGGAGCAGAAGAAGAAAGAUCCAAAGGAGGAAUUGGCUGAGGCUAUGAGGGCCUACCAAGCUCAGUAUCCUCCAAUGCCUGCAUAUUACUGCGUAAGAAGUGCAGAAGAGGAUCCCAAUUCUUGCGUCAUUUGCUGAAUGGUUGGUAAAAUUUUAUUGACAUGCAUGGUGUUUUUCAAGAGGAGAAAUCGGAUGUACAUAUUUGGUAUUGGCUUUUUAUGAUCUAGAAGUCUCUGUGGUAUUUUUAUGUACUAUUUUGUAUUUUUUUUUUUGGUGUGGACGCCAAACUUGUGAUCAAGAAGGCUAAAAUGUUUCUGUGAGUCUUUUCGAUUUCCGAAAAGAAUGGAUAGUCGUGACUUGCCACCAGUUGUCUUCCUUAAAAAAAAAAAAAAAGUAAUAUUUAAGUGAAAAUGAUUUUCGCA